AAAAAGUGACGGAGUAACUUCCGCUGCUUGUUUGGCUGGCGAUUUGAAAUGUGUUGUCGGCCGUAGAACGAUGGUAUUUUCAUAGCUUUAAUGGCAAGCCUUUCGGGUUAUGCACUACAACCAAAUACCAGAAGAGUGACAUAGAGCUAUAUACGAGUUCUACAUCUUAUAACAUUUACUAUACUAUGUUCAAAAGGAUGGCAGAAUUUGGUCCAGAUUCGGGGGGGCGGGUGAAGGGAGUUACCAUCGUGAAGCCAAUCGUGUUCGGAAACGUUGCCAGGUAUUUUGGAAAGAAAAGAGAAGAGGAUGGACAUACACAUCAGUGGUCCGUAUAUGUCAAACCCUACAGAAAUGAGGAUAUGUCAGCAUACGUCAAGAAGAUCCAGUUCAAAUUGCACGAGAGCUAUGGAAACCCUCUCAGAGUGGUCACCAAGCCUCCAUAUGAGAUCACUGAGACGGGCUGGGGAGAGUUUGAGAUCAUCAUCAAGAUCUUCUUCAUCGACCCCAACGAGAGGCCGGUGACUCUUUACCACCUGCUGAAGUUGUUUCAGUCUGAUUCCAGUGCCAUGCCUAAGAAGACGGUGGUGUCUGAGUUCUAUGACGAGAUGAUCUUCCAGGACCCCACAGCGAUGAUGCAGCAGCUUCUGACCACCUCCAGACAACUGACCCUGGGAGCCUACAAACACGAGACAGAGUUUGCGGAGCUGGAGCUGCGCACGCGGGAGAAGCUGGAAGCUGCGAAGAAGAAGAUGAGCCAGGAGAUCACAGAGCUGAAGGACAGGCUGAAGGCCAGCAGGGAGACCAUCAACUUCCUGAAGGGAGAAAUACGCAAGCUGGAGGACGACGACCAGAUCAAAGACCACUGAGAAACACACACACUCACACACAUACACACACUGACUCAUACAGUCUGAAAUGCACACUCUGUUUAUCUCACCAUCACGCUCACUCUCUCUCUGACACACACACACACACUGACUCAUACAGUCUAAAAUGCGCACUCACUCUCUCUCUCUCUCUCUCUCUCGCGCUCUCUCGCGUGCUCUCUCUCUCGCGUGCUCUCUCUCUCGCGUGCUCUCUCUCUUGCGUGCUCUCUUGCGCUCUCUCUCUCUCUGACAUACACACACACUGAUUUAAUUACUCAGUCAUACAAUUGAACACAGAUUUAUUUUACAAACAUACAUGGUAUGAUAAUAAGUGACUGUCUGCCACAUAAUCUCUCUCACUGGAUCUCUGUCUCCCUCACGCACACACACACACACACACUCACUCACUCACUCACUCACUCACUGACCUGGAGAUCUUGAAUGUUAUUUUAUGGAUCCCACACUCAGUGCCACACUCACAUUUGACCACAGAGGACUGCAUAUGGAUCUGACUCAGGCAGCAUAAUGUCAAAUUUUUCUAGGCCGUUCUGAAUAUAAAUAUAUUUGCUGGUUUUGUUUUUUUACAAUCUUUAUGUAUUGUGUGUAAAUUCAAACACUUUGUCUUUUAUGAUUUCUCUCUACAUGUACAGUAGGCCUGUUGCUGUAUAAUGGUUUCCCUAAUCAGUCUAUUUUCGUCAAUUCCUCUAGUUUCUCUUGUAUUCAAGUGACCUCCUCCCAAUUGUUUUCAAAAACAUCAUAGUGGCUUGUGUGACACUAGCCCAGCCCCUACCUGAAUCUCAUAGGUUGCCAGGUUUACUACAUGACAACCUUGCUCUUGAAUUGGUGGUGAGACAAAUCACCUAAUUAUUUGACAGUAAAUUGAGCCUUUUGUGUGUUUUAUUUUUUAUUUGUAGUCUACUUUGUAUGGGUGUAUUUCCCGUAUUUGUGGUGUAUUGUCCUUAAGUGCUCACCUAGUCAAGCUGCGGGUGUGCCAAACAUCUCCAAAAUCCCCCAAUAAAAGUGUCAAUCUUUUGAUAGGAACGCC